UAAGCUUAUAAAAUACAAUGCAUUGUAAGGAUUAAAGGCUUUGGUUUAGAUUCAUUACAAACAGUUGUGUCUAGGUGAGAGAGACAAACACAAAGAGACACUUCCUGUCUAAACCUCUCAAAUAAUUUAAUUUAAAUAUAAACCCUCAAAAUAAAACUAAUUUAAAUGAAAUGUUCAAGGCUUUUGGAGUUCAAACUAUUAUUCAUUAUUUCACAAAUAAGCACAGAUUACAAAAACAUUCUCAAUGAUUAAUAGAGAUUUGUGUAGCAGGACUUUAUUUUUACUCUCUAUUUACAUCUCACAACCCCCAGAUGUUGUCAUUGUUUAAUAUUAAAUAUGCUAUUUAUUGCAGUGUGUCACUAGUAGUAAUUCGGUAAGUGUAGUAUUAUCAUGAAUAAGGCUCCCCCUGGUGGUGUAAGUAGACUGCAUGCUGUGCAUCUGAAUUAAAUCACAUGACAUGUGUACUGUCCAGGGUAAGAAAGUAACGUGCAUCAAUAUUUACUGAUGCUUUUAAACUGAUUUAUUUGUAUUGAUGCAUAACAUGCCAGCCUAAGUCCUAUAAACAGUUUUCUUGUUUGUUUUUAAAUCCCUAGACCUUCCCUCAGUGUCUCUCCUCCAGAAGACUCCCUCCUCCCCAGUCAGCUGCCACGCUACAGGUUUCUACCCUGACAGAGCCAUGAUGUACUGGAGGAAAGAUGGAGAGGAGCAUCACGAGGACGUGGACCACGGAGAGAUCCUCCCCAACCACGAUGGAUCCUUCCAGAUCAGUGUGGACCUGAUCCUUUCAUCAGUCGCACCUGAAGACUGGAGGAGGUACGACUGUGUGUUUCAUCUCUCUGGUGUGGAGGACGACAUCGUCACCAAACUGGACAAAGCACAGAUCAGGACCAACUGGGUUUCUCCGUCAGAGUUUCCUGCUGCUGGUGUUACUGGAGUUGUUGUAGGACUGCUGCUGCUUCUGGCACUCUGCAUCGCUGGACUCUUCAUCUGGAGGAGGAACAAUAAUGGAUUCAUUCCUGCAAACACAGAGAAAAAUGUCCAGAGUUGUCGUGGCAAAGUCUGCAGCAUCAAACAGGUCUUCAGUCACACUGAUGAACCAAUGGUUGGCUCACCUUUUAUCUGUUCUGACCUGUGACAGACCGGAUGAUGGAUGGGUCCUCUUCUGUCGAUGGUCCUUGAGGUCGACACGCA